GGAACAUAGCUUAGCAACUGUAAUUUUUACAGUUUAAAAAAAACUUCCUUUAAUGUUUUUAUUAGCAAAUAAAAUUUGCCAUUAUAGUCAUCCAAUGCAAUAAAAUAUUCGAUGGUUGUGGUUGCAAUAAGAUAUCACACAUAGGACAUUUACAGCCCCAGUCAAAAAAAAAAAAUGUGUAAGAAUGCUUUUAGAUAUUUUUUAUUCAAAAUGUACACCCGGUAAGAACCUUUUUUUUUUCGUGAAGAAAGGGUAUAAAUCUAAGGUUGACACGAGACAGAAUUUGACAGUCUUUUUAAAGCUCUAAAAAGAGUAAAAAAAAACUUUUUAAUUUGAUUUGUGCAAAUUUGUAAAAGGUUUUCAAAAACAGUAUCUAAACAUUAUUUUUUUUAAAAAGUUAUUCCAUCUUAUUAUUGUUUCCGCUUAAAAUGAGACAUAAAUGUUUAGAAAUUCAAAAUUUUGGUUUAUCCGAUCAAGAAUACAUUGAUUCUAUUAAUUUAGAAAAAAUUUACAGUCUUAUAAAGAAAAAUCGUUUGAGAUGUUUUUAUUGCCAUCAGACGCCAGCUUACAUUCAUAUGAAGACAUUUGAUUUUUUAUGUGCAUUCCAUGCAAGUGAAGCAAAACACACCAAAAAAAUUAAUGAAGAACGUUUCUCAUCGACGGAAGUGGAUAAAAUUCUUAAACGUUAUAAUGGAGAAAAAAAAAGUGAAAAGUGCAGCAUUGAAAAGUUCCAAUUUACUUCAAAGGAUUUAUGGCCAGUUACAAAACGAAAAUCUUGUAAAGAAUGUAUCCAUGCUUUAACGAAUGAUAAGUCUGUAUCGGAGAGUUAUCACGUCAAAGACAGAAAGCAACAUUGUUCAAGUGAGAGUGGUGCGUGUUCUAGUGAUGAUUCCGCUUAUUCAUUUAACAAGAGACGCAUUUAUCACAAAACUAUUAAUCAAGCCUCAAAUAUUUGUUUUAAUGAAAAUAAAGGUUUUGGGAAAAAUUCAAACAAUUUUGAUGAUAGAGAAAUCUCAACACAUUCUGCUUUAUUACCAUCUGGUUCAUUACCAAGAAAUAUAUCAAGACAUAACCACCCGUCAACAUUCUGUUCACACCUUCCUUGCUCAAAGUGUAUUGAUUCUUCAACUUUAUCAUGUUGUGAUAUGAAUUUAAGUAUUUCAAAUGAUGUUUCCCUUUGUCAAAAAAAAAUACCAGCAACGAUGAACAAGAGUUCUUGUUUUAAAUCAAACAACAAAAGUAUGGAAUGGACGGAAAAAAAAACAAUAGAAAACAAUCCGUUUUCCCAAAAAUUUGAACACUCACAAAUAUCGGCACCAGAUUCUCCUUCAGAUCACAAUGAACAAGUCUAUUUUGGUUGCAAAAAAAAUCCCUUCGACAUUGACCAGUGCAGACUGCCAGCAUCCGCGUGCUUCAACUCAACAACAGCUAUGCAGGUGCCUUGUAUGAAGUAUUAUCAUAAUUCUACGGCCUUCGGGAGAAAACAAAAAAAUAUUUGUGAAACGAAUUUCAUUAAUACAUCUCAUAAGAUUCAAAGAAACGCACUCCGACCACAUUUAACGACCACAAACGUCAAGGUGAAAGAAUGGUGGGAGGUUUAAAAAAAAAUCAUCCAAUAAAGUAUCCAUAAUGAAUCAAGUUACCUUCACAGUCUCCAAAAAAAAAGAUUUAAAGUUUCAGUUAUCAUAUCAUUGCGCGUUAGUAAUUUUAAAAGUAAUUUGUGUAGUACCGUAAAGUAAAUGUUUUUAUUACCUAACUUAACUGCUCUUAUCACAACGUUUAGUAACAUAUUCUCUUAAGAUUGACCAAACUUUCGCACUCUAGAAAAAUAUCUUGUUUAAUCAAAAUUUCUUUUAAAAUAUAGACCAAUGUCGUUAUCAACAUAAUAGUAUCAUGCAUUUGGUCUUAUAAAAUCCUAUUGACCCUUUCGUGGUUAACUUUAUUAAUUGCUAAUACUAAUACAAUAAAAAUAACUUAGCGUACUGGACUUUUUCUAGGUGAUUUAAUUUAUUGCGUUACUCGUCAAACCCAACACCGAGCCAAUUCUUUUAAUAAACAUACAAAAACAUUAUGCAAUAUGAACAGCAUAAUCUAGCCUUUGAUUCCCUUCGUUUGUAACAUACAAGAAUAAAAAUGAAUCAUUGAAAAUACACUGCUUUAUAUAUCAGUAGCGAAAAAUCGCUUUGGAAAAAUCAUAUCAACGCAGUGAACUUAUCACUGCUCGUAAUGAGCUGAGUAAUAUGUUUCAUCAUAACUAAAAAAGAGGUGAUAUACAAAAACUAAUAGUCAGACUACUUUUGUAAAGUAUGUUCCGCUGUCAUCAAAGCUUUUGCAAGCUUUUAUGAAGACCGUCGCAAGAGCAGAACUUAAAGUCAUCAUUUUUAAACAAUUGUGUCGAUUUUAAAGACGUAUCAAAGAAAAAGCAUACAAUAAAAAAAAUUUGA